ACAAAAGCUGUUCGAGGGGAAGUUUCCAACUCGAGGAGAAGGGGAAGUCCCGUGUCCACGAUACCACGGUCCCCAAGCGCUAGCUUUGCCUUCUUCUAUAUACCGAGAGUACACGAAAACAGCCCGUGCAGCGAGUGUCGUAUAGUGCGUGUGGCGUCCCGUCUACUCGGCCAUUGAACGCUUUUCUUCAACAGGAAGAUCGUCGAAAAAAAAGUGCCAGUGAAUAAAUUAGUGAAUUAAAAAUCAGCCUGUGGGUUCACCCCCCCUAAGAAAUUAAGACCCUACCAACAUUGGAACAUAGUGCCAAAAAAAGGACUAAACCUAAGGACCAAACAUUGGGACAAAAAUUAAGGAGCAGUAGGGAAAGAAAUAGUGGCUAGAAAUAAGGACAAUAGUCUUUUUGUUGUUGUGUUGUGUGCUAAAAAAGAGACAUGUUUGACGUGUUCGGCUCGGUGAAGGGCUUACUAAAGCUCGAUGCAGUCUGCAUUGACAACAAUGUCUUCAGACUGCAUUACAAAGCAACAGUUAUUAUUCUCAUUGCCUUUUCACUUCUGGUCACAUCCAGACAGUACAUCGGUGAUCCAAUUGAUUGUAUCGUUGAUGAAAUUCCCCUAAAUGUCAUGGACACGUACUGCUGGAUUUAUUCGACAUUCACAAUUCCGAAUCGUGUGGGAAUCAUUGGUAAGGAUGUUGUUCAUCCCGGUGUAGCAUCACCGCAAUCGGAUCGAGACGAAGAAGUCAAAUACCACAAGUACUAUCAAUGGGUAUGCUUCACCCUCUUCUUCCAAGCGAUCCUCUUCUACGUGCCUCGUUACCUAUGGAAAACAUGGGAAGGCGGUCGUAUAAAAAUGUUGGUCCUAGAUCUCAAUUGCCCGGUGGUGACCGACGAUUGUAAAUCCGAACGUCGUAAACUCCUCGUCGAAUAUUUCGCCACCAAUCUACAUACACAGAAUUUUUACGCUUUUCGCUUCUUCUUGUGCGAAGUCCUCAAUUUUAUUAACGUCAUCGGACAAAUUUAUUUCGUUGAUUUCUUUCUCGAUGGUGAAUUUUCAACGUACGGUUCGGACGUUCUGAAAUUCACCGAAAUGGAACCUGAGCAAAGAAUCGAUCCAAUGUCAAAGGUCUUUCCAAAAGUGACAAAAUGCACCUUCCAUAAAUAUGGUGCUUCCGGUACAGUGCAAAAAUUCGACGGUCUUUGUGUAUUGCCAUUAAAUAUUGUCAAUGAAAAAAUUUACGUAUUCCUUUGGUUUUGGUUUAUCUUUCUAUCAAUUUUAAGUGGACUCAGUCUCACCUAUAGAGCUGCCGUUGUUGCUGGACCAAAAUUACGUCUUCUUUUAUUGAGAGCAAGAUCACGUCUCUCGCCAAAGGAUCAAAUUGAAAUUAUCUCGGAGAAAUGCCAAAUUGGUGAUUGGUUUAUUUUAUAUCAAUUGGGUAAAAAUAUUGAUCCACUCAUCUAUAAGCAACUCAUCGCGGAACUUGCAUCAAAACUCACCGGGAAGGAAGGAUUGCAGAAUGUAUAAAAAAAGAAACUGUUAAGGAAAGUUUUUUUUUGGUCUAUUUUAGAAAAAGGUCUUAUUAAAAAUAAGAAUUUCUUUUUUUUUUCGGUCGUAAAUUAGCAGCGUGGAUUUAAUGAGAUUUGUUUACAUGAUUUGAGGAGGAGGGAUUUAGGGGGAGGGAGGAAAAAUGGGAAUACAGAGAGGGGGGAAAAGGGGGGUAGUGAUCGGAGACAAAAGGAAACGUGGCUCAAGUCAGCUGGAUCCUGUGUGAUAUCCGAUUUAACCCCUUUUUUUUGAUUUGUUAAUUCUUAGAUGGGAAUAUUUUCGAAUAUUGAAUUUAUUUUGUAUAGAAAAAAGAAAAGAGAGAACAAGCUGACUUUUCUUGAGGACAAAGGAUUUUUAGAGGAUCUUGUGUUUUGGGCAUAAUGAUGAUGAUGACCAAUGGUAUUUCUCAGCAAAAUGAUCUUGAACAAUUUGAGAUUAUGUUAUUUUUAAGAUAUCAUCUUUAAGACUUCUAUGUUUGAGAUCAUUUUUUAAUUAGAUCUUUGAUCUAUUUUUGAGAACAUCUUUGAGUUUAUCUUUUGGAUCAUUAUCAUCAUCAUUGGUAUGGUUAACUUGGGACUGAUAAUUACAAUAAUAAUUGUAAUAAUAAUUAUUAUCAGCAUUGAGAAGAAUAAUCUUGCGAACAUCAUCUUUGAGAUUAUCAUCAUCUCUGGGUUCAUCAUUUAUGGGUUUUAAUAUCUCUAGCAUCAUCUUUUCUAAGAUCAUCAAAUUUAAGAUUAUCAUCUUUGAAGUUAACAGCUCUAAAAUUGUUUUGUUGGUUUUUUUGUUCAAAAUCAUCGUCUCUAAGAUCAAAUUUGAGAUUGUUAUCUUUAACAACAAAAUUAUUUUGUUGAUUCUUUUGUUUAAAAUCAUCAUCUUUAAGAUUAUUAAAGAGAUUAGCAUUUCUGAAACUGAAAUCAAGUUUAACAUCUUCUUGUUGGUGCUUUUCGAAAUCUUUGAGAUUAUUCACAUCAUCUUUAAGAUGUUUUUAAAAAAGAUGAUCUAAAUGAUUAUCUUUAUCUUUAAGAUUAUCAUCCUGGAAAUUAUCAUCAUUGAGAGGAUCAUAUCUUUAAAAAAAAUCAUUACCUUAAUGAGAUUAUCAGAUUAUCUAUUAUGUUAUCUAUUUAUUACCUUAAAGAUGAUAAUAAUGAUGAUUUCAAAGUUCUUAAGAAAAGCUAAUAAAAAAUUUCUUAAAGAUGUUAAUGUAACAAUAAAGAUCUUAAUCAUCAUCAUUCCAAGGAUGAUAAUUUGAAGGAUGAUAAUCUCGAAGAUGAUGAAUCCAGAGAUGAUUCCAAAAAUAAAAAAUUCAAAGAUGAUCUCAAGUUUCUUGAAAACUAUAAAUUUGUUUUCGAAUAGCAAUUUUUUAAUGGAUGAUUUUAGCAGAUUUUAAAGAUCAUUGAAAUUAUCUUCGAUAUCUUUGAGAUUAUUUUUGAUUUCUUUGAGAUUAUCUUUGAGAUAAAAAUUGUAGAACCAUCAGAGAAAGCAACAGACUGAAACCGUUCAUAUCUUACAACCAAAAUUAUUAAAAAUCCAAACUAAAAAAUCUUAAAACCAAAUUAAGUCACUUUAUGACUUAAGAUCUUAAUAACAAGCACAGCUUUUCCGCAGAUAUCACAAAUUGAGACAAAAAACGAAUCAAAAGUGUUACGAAGCAACAUUUUUGAUUCGCUUUUUUGUCUCAAUUUUGAUUUCGUGGGAAAAUAAAUCUUUUGUCCGAAACUAAAGUUGGAAUCGACGCCAACAGGUGGCGUCAAUAUAUAAUUGAGUAGAUUCCUCGGUUGCCAUUUUUAUUUAUUUUUUUUUUUUUUGGAAGAACCGCUUCCAAAUGAGAACCUUCCAUCCUCUUUGUAUUCCCCUCCAUGCAUACUCAUGUGUUCAUCGAUUAUUCGCGCUCAUCCAUUCAACCAUAUGAUCCAUGCAUGCGUCCAUCUUUGGCAAAAAUACAUCACGAUUUUUAAUUUUAAUUUUUUUUUCUUUUCAUUUUUGGUUUUUGUCUUUUCUCAUUCGAUGGACGUGUAGGAGGGACUGCCCAUUUGGGUUAUGGACCAAAGCUUCGUAGACUCCUAAUUGUGUGAUAAAAAAAAAUAAAAAAAAAACUCGGGGGACGGCGUUCUUCUUAUAAUUUCCAAUUUCUCUCGUUCCAUGUGUCCGAAAAAAAUGCAAAAACUGUAUAUAGUAAUAAAAAUUGAAUUCGGAUUUUUGAUCAAGUUUUUCUGAAAAACUUUUUUUUUAUGUCUCGUUUUUGUUUUUUUAAAUUGUCUUUUUGAAAAAAUUCUUUUUAAAUCCUGGUUUUUGAUUUAAAUUGAAUUUCGUCCCUAAAUUUAGUGUUGACGCUAAUAAUUUUUUUUUUCUAACUAAAAAGAUUUGAACGACUUAAUUUACAGUAAAUUUAUAAAAAAUAUAUUUUUAUUAAAAAAAAAUACAAAAGUACAAAUAAUACGAAAAAAAUGCAAAUACAAAGAAAUGAUUUUAUUUAUGUCAGGAAAAAAUGAGGUAAUUUCCUCACGUCUUUGAACUCUGGACCGGUAUUCAUUAGCGUAGCUGAUGAUGAGAAAUAAAAAUACAGUUUAACAAGACUCUGUUGAGGUGAUAAAAUUUUGAAAAAAAAAAAAAUGAAAAAAACGGUAUUUUAAAGGAAAAAAAAAAUUCUCUAUGCAUUUUGUGGGAAAGCUCCCGAGGUGAAAAAGCAAUUGUUUGGUUAUAAAAGAAGAACGACCCGAUCCUGACGUUGUUAGGAAUAUAAUAAUAAAUAAAGACGCCCCGCGAAGUGCGCCCUUGGAUUUUUAAAAGCAUUUUUUUUAAACGAAAUCGCCGCAAGGGCGUUACUUUCGCCGAAUUAACAUUCAAAAUAAAAAAUAAAAAAAAGACAGUAAAAUCUAUAAAGAACAAUCUCGUUUUCCCCCCUUUUUAUUUAUUUUUCAUUUUUUUUUUUGCCGAAAAAAAGGGACGAGAUUGCGCGCCGUCCUCCCAAGUAGCGUAACUUCUUCGUCCUGCACCAAUUUUUUUUUUCGCUAUUGCAAUUUAUACUCUAGUUAAUAGGAAAAAUAUAAAUAUUAUAUAUAAAUAUAUUAUAUAAA